CCAAUCAGGUUGCUAUGUGUAAGCAUCUCCCACUUCCCCGUUUGUUGUUGUUUAGUGUGGGCAUUUUACACGUCUGCAGUGCUCACAAACCUCAGGAGGAAAUUCGGACAGAAACUGAUCGUAUAACAGUUUGUGUUGAUGUCGAUACUUCGUAUUUAUUUCACAGAUAAGCCAAGUAUCAGUUAUCGUAAAGCUACCGAGCUCAGUAGUGUUAGCUGGUGACUUUUAUUUGUUUAGCUUUAGCCGCACAGCGGUGUGUGUUUUCCGUCGACUGUCAGGCUAAAGGUUAGGGGUUAGAGGUUAGGGUCUGGUCAUCUAUGUUUUUACACUAAAUGAGUAUUUGAGUGACCUGACGGAAAGCCCUGUGACCCUGAAGCAGCUAUCGGGAGUCUGCUAGUGAACCGCACCGCUGAAUCAUGGGCUCGGUACUGGGCCGGAGGAUCGCCGGGGUGGAGGAUAUCGAUAUCCAGGCCAAUUCUGCUUAUAGAUUCCCUCCUAAAUCUGGGAAUUACUUUGCAAGUCACUUCUUCAUGGGAGGGGAGAAGUUUGACACCCCUCAUCCUGAAGGUUACCUGUUUGGCGAGAACAUGGAUCUCAAUUUCCUAGGCAACCGUCCGGUGCAGUUUCCGUACGUGACUCCGGCACCACAUGAGCCUGUGAAGACCUUGAGGAGCCUGGUCAACAUAAGGAAGGACUCCCUGCGCCUCGUCAGGUAUAAAGAUGAUGGUGAUUCGCCGACUGAGGAAGGAGCAAAGCCCAAAUCUUUAUACGGAGUGGAGUUUACCUUUGACUCGGAUGCCCGCGUGGCCAUCACUAUCUACUGCCAGGCGUUUGAGGAAUUCUCCAAUGGCAUGGCAGUUUAUAAUCCCAAGAGUCCUGCUAUGGUGUCUGAGACGGUGCACUACAAGCGAGGAGUGAGCCAGCAGUUCUCCUUACCCUCCUUCAAGAUCAGUUUUUCGGAAUGGAAGGAGGAAGACCUGAACUUUGACCUGGACAGAGGUAUUUUUCCCAUGGUCAUCCAAGCAGUAGUGGACGAAGGAGACGAUUGUUUGGGACACGCACAUGUGCUGUUGGCCGCCUUUGAACGACACGUUGAUGGCAGUUUCUCAGUGAAGCCUCUGAAGCAGAAACAAAUUGUGGAUCGGGUUAGUUACCUGCUCCAGGAGAUCUACGGCAUCGAAAAUAAGAACAACCAGGAGACAAAGCCAUCUGAUGACGAGAACAGUGACAACAGUAACGAGUGUGUGGUGUGUCUGUCGGACCUGCGCGACACACUCAUCCUGCCCUGUAGGCACCUGUGUCUUUGUAACUCGUGUGCAGAUACACUGCGCUACCAGGCCAACAACUGCCCCAUCUGCAGACUUCCUUUCCGUGCCCUGCUGCAGAUCAGAGCAGUGAGGAAGAAGCCUGGCGCUCUCUCUCCUGUCUCUUUCAGCCCUGUUCUUGCUCAGAGCAUGGACCAUGACGAGCACUCGAGCUCUGACUCGGUUCCUCCCGGCUUUGAGCCCAUCUCCCUUUUGGAGGCUCUUAACGGCCUCACUGCCAUGUCCCCUGCUGUGCCAUCAGCCCCGCUGUACGACGAGAUCAACUUCUCGGGCAGUCUGAGUGGCGACAGCAGGCAGCUGAGUUCCCCUGAACACUCUGGAGAAAGCAGCCUUCAAAAGGGAAAAGUCAGCAAGUCACCUGACAGCACACUACGCUCACCUUCAUCACCCAUUCAGGAGGAGGAUGAGGAGAAGCUGUCAGAGAUUUCUGAUGCACAGGCCCACACUCUGCUGUCCAGCAGUCCAGCUCCGACUGAGUGCACUGGUCCAGAGGAUGCUCCUGACUCUCUGUCUCCAGAAGACGAGGACAGGGUGAAUUCUGAUGGAGAGAUUCUGCCUGAAUGCAUCAGCGAGCGCAGCAGCCUGACCAAAGCCGAGAGCGACACACCCGCUCUAGGUCCUGAUUCCUGCUCUAUCGGUAUGGAAGAGUAACUCUGGUUCCUCGGGCUCCAUGGAGAGUUUGAUUACUCGGACCACGAGCUGCUCCAGCCAGCCUCUUCUCUGUCCCAUGAGUUCUUUGCACAUGGAGGAUGAAUAACUGGACCUUAAUCCCUUUUCUGUCUUUAAGGCUUCGACUACCAGCCCAAAGCUCUCUUAACAGCGUCUGUUCACACAGCACUCUCUCCCGCAGUCCGCCGUCUAGUUGCUUCAGCAGUAAAUCAUGUUUUUGUGUAUUUCAUUCUUUUUUAUUUCACCUAUUCGAUUGUAUUUAUUUAGAAAGGCUCUCAAGUCCAGCAUAGCAUAACAGGAAUCUGGGAAAAGAAGAAGAGACCAGGAAAACAUACUAGCUUUGAGUCACUAGUUUUAAGAAAUAUUAUUAAAGUAUUAGGAGCGUUCCUUCAGAUCCAACACUAACCCGAUUAAAGCACAACUCGUAUUCAGCUUCUUUUUCUUCAUGAAUGCAGUGUUGAUUAUAACAGUCUUUAAUACAGAUCUGUAACUCAGUGAAUUUGAUAUAAAGUCACGUCUUUCAGCGAGUCUCAGGCUUUCCGUUUCCCUGAGCGACGGAGCUAGUCUCCAGAACCGGACCUUGAUUAAGAUGUGUGUGUGUAAUGUACAGACUUUUUGCUUUAUCAGUUUUAUGACCAAAAUAUAUCAGUCAAGGUGUAUUUGCUCCUCCACCUACGUAUAUAUUCUGUAGAAAGAACUUGACUUUAAGAAACACUACGUUUAGUGACGUGUACAUGGAAACGCAGCGAAUCCACGAGGUGUCACGAGACAUCAUGAAAGCUCUAUAUAGCUAUUUUAGGAGAACUCCGUCCUCACAGCCUGAGAGAUAACGCCAAACUUGUUAUGGUUUAACUCCUAACACAUAUUUAUUCCUCCAACACAACACGGCACCACGAUAUGCAACAUCAUGCAGAUGCUUUGUGAAUGCAGCAUUGUGCAUAGAGCUCCAUGUGCCUUUAACUAGCAGUCUGGCUACUUUAGUGCAUUGAGCUGUUCACUUGUUGUGAUUAAAGAACACAUUUGGAGGCGUGUGUGUAUUCAUUCAGCUGUCAGCCUCUGUGCCAGUGUGUGAUACUAAGUAAAGAGUUUCUAAAAUGGUUU